AUGGAUUCUGAUGUUGAAUGUCCAUGCACGGAGGAUGUUGCUGCACCUUCGAUCCUGCCAAGUUGCACUUGCACAAAGGACGACCAUGACAAAGUGAUCCACGUAGAACAUUGUAUAUUUUACAGGAAUGAACAAUUAAUUUAUCAUAAAGAGGCUGCUUGCGAAUGUUUCGUUCCUGUUACACCUAAUGAAGAUGGCGACUGUCAGUGCUGUAGGUGCCCCGAAAACCAAUGCCGCUGUAACAAGGCCGGCAGAGAAGUUUUCGAGGAAUGGCGCAGCAAGCGCGUCAUGGGAGCCAUGCCGGCGGUGCUGGAAGCAACGCAUCCGCUCAUGCAGAAAUUCCAGGAAACUCUUAAAAAAUUUCUCGAGAGGGAGAACGCAAUCGCUGAAGAAGAAAUUAAAAAAUUGCGCGACGAACUAAAAGAAAGCAAGCAAGAGUACGACAAGGACCUUGAAGCGAUUUAUCGCGACGACCAUGAUACCAACGCCCAAAGAGCAUUAAUAACGGAAUACGAAGAAAUGUUAACCCAAAAAACAGCGGAACGUCAGGCGGCUGAACAACGAGUACGCGAUUCAACUGAAAAGUAUAAACAAGCCAUGGAGAAACUAGAAAAGAACGCAGUACAAGUGAAAACUUCUUCAACUGAAAAGUAUAAGCAAGCCAUGGAGAAACUAGAAAAGAACGCAGUACAAGAGCGGGAGGCAACUGAGGAGCUUGAGGCAUUGACGACGUUGUGCAAGCAGUUGGAAGCGUGGAGGGAAGAGACAGAGUCAGAUUUAACAGUCAAUCAGCGCAUGUCGGAGAAGAUGAGGGCGGAAAAAAGAGCUUUAGCAGAUGAAAAACGCCAGUUGGAUAUGAUCAUAUACAGUCUCAGCAAUGAAGUGUGGAAGUUGGAGUCCAAGUUGGAGAUGUUCCAGAAGCAGCUCGACAUCAAGAACGCUGAGAUGGAGCAAGUUAACGAUAAGGUGACUGCCUAUGCAGCAGAAUUGGAGGACUUGGAGCUGGAUAAACGUCGACUUAUGAGCCUUUGGAACUCUGUGCUGGUGAAUAUACAACAGCGAGAUAGGGCUUACGAUUCCGUACGGGACGACUACAGAGUGCUGCAGGAGAACUAUCGAACACUGAUUAACAACCUAGAGAUAACGAAGAAGGUGGUUAUGGAGGAGAUGAAUAAGGGAAGGGAGAUCGCAAUGAACAAGGACAAGGUUCUCUACGAUAUUGCAGCUGCGAACAAACUGCUGGAAGGAGACGAAGCGAAACGAACAAAUUUAGAAACACAAAUCAUCCAGCUCUCGGAAUCGAUAGAAAUGGCAGAAAGAGAUCAAGAGCUUAUCAAAUCGGAGAAUCAAACGAUGAAGAACAUCCUUAAGAGCACUAAAAAAGAGUGCCAGAGAAAAGAGGGGCAGAAGUUGAAAUUGGAAAACGAAAUUCUAACGAACCUUCAAGAGUGUCUUCUGAACGAUAAAGCCGUUGAGUCGAUGGCCAACGGUAUUAAGAAAAUGAGGGAAAUGUCUAGAAAACAAGAAAUAGCAUUAACAGCAAUGGAGAAUCAACACGCGAAGAUGGUUCUAGAUAUUGAGAUGCAUCGCAACAAACAAGCGCAAAAUAAACUUAUUCAAGAAGAAACUCUACGCAAAGUGAAGGAAAGGGAGAGCGAAAUAGAUCAGCUACAGGAGAAAUAUGAUCAAAAAGCGCUUGUACUUACAAGAAAGCAGAGAGAAUUGGAUAUCAUUACUAAGAAAUAUACUGCCCUUAAAGAAAUAUUCGACAUGAAAUCGCCACAGGAGCGUCGCAUCGAAGAUCUGGAGAAACAGAUCAGAGAGCUGCGUGAGAGGACUGAGCGGGCUCAACACGAGUGGCUGCGGCUGCAGGGACACGUCGUGAAGCUCGCCGCACAGCAUCACACUAUACUCACGGACAUCAACCUUAUUAAUAAACAAAUUCAAAUAUGUGAUCAGAAGACGAUACGCAUUCAAGCCGAGUGCGAACGCAUUGCUCAAGAGCGCACGAACGUCGAUCGUUCGUUACGUUCGCUACGAGGGAGACUUGAAGUUAUUCAGCGCACACGCAAAGACGCGGUCGAGCGCAAUGCCGGUGCACAGCGCACGAACGCUGCUAUCACACAUGAAUACACAGCUAGCCUUAAGGAUGCAGAAUCAGAAAUAUUUGAGUUAGAAGAGGAUAUAGAGGCUCUGGAAAAAGAGAAGAUAAACCUGACACAAGAAUUAGAUCGAGUUCAAAGGGAAGCGUUGAUUUGGCAGAGAAAGGGUAUUCUUGCUGUAGAACUGAAACGUAGCAUACAAAACUCCAAAUCCGCUGCAGGAGAAAUCGGACAGAUGAAAAAUGAGAUACACAAAAUGGAGGUACGCCGCGAUCAACUCCGUCGCACCGGCGAGAAGUUAGCGGAAGAUCUAGCACUGUACGUGACGAGACGGGAGACCGCCGUGGACAAGACUCGUGCUGCCGCCGCUGUGGAAAAGGCACACGGGGGCUCCACACUAACCUCGCAGUCCACUUUCCACCACAAGUUGCGACUAGCACGGGCCGACGUCACCCGUCUCAAUAAGGAGUUGAAAGAGGCUAAAUCGCACAUGGAGUAUUUGGAGAAUGAGCAAGCACGUCUAGAGCGCGAGAUGGCGGACACGUCGGCAUUGAACGCGCAAUUAGAAGAGCACGUUGCAACGCUGUUGCAAGAAUGUCGUGAUACAGAGAGGCAGAAACAAUGGCUCCUCGAAAGAGUAGUUAGAAGUCAGCGUUACGGCAGCGAAUUGGCCACAGCCGUGAAACGACAAACACUGCGCGUAAAGAAACCUAAGUCUGCUGUUACUGCAGAGUACACCCAGACUCGUCUACUCAACGACAGCCUCAACCAAGUCGUGAAUGCACUGAGCAUAGAAUAUCCAAGCCUCAGGGACAAAUUGGAAGCGAUCAGCAACACCCUGAACAUUCAUUCGCCGAGCCAAUCUCCGAGGCUUUCUUUGGACGAAUGCGUGUGUCCUGAAGUAAUUGAGGGUCAGGAAAACAUUGCUGAGAAGCCCCUGGACUCUUGCCCCUGUCCUGAGUGA